GUUAUAUUGAUUUGGUGUAUAUGAUAUAGUAUAGUAUAUUAUGUACAUGGUACGAUAUUGUAUACGAGCACGGAUAUUUAUGGCUAGAUCAUGCGUAUUCGAGUAUCAAUCUUCCCGGGUGUCAAAGCCGGGUAUCGAGCCUUCGUAUCGGGGUGGACGAGGCUAGCCCUCAAAUUUAAGAGGAGGGUGUCAGCAGGGGACUGGGAUAGCCCUAGACCCCACUCUCUCUUCGUUUUUUUUUCUGCUUCUUCAUCCGGUUGGAGCUCCGUUUUUGGCAGCAUGCUCCUCAUUGAUUGUGUGCUGCGGUCAUUGAUUGUGUGCUGCGGUCGAGGCUGGUGGCUGCAGAAGCUCUUGUUGUCAACGGAUUUGCUUCAGGUUAUCCUCACGGCUAUGUUCUCGUGGGCUAGAGGAAGCUGUGCUCGGAUUUUUGCGGCGUCGGCGAUUCUGGCAUACGGGCCCUAGUUGUCUACUUCCUUGUUGUUUGUGGCGAUUUUGUUCGAAGGAUGUUGUAUUCAGGCUAUCGAGACCCUCAUUGGUUCUUCUCCAAAAUCUGAUCCUUGAGGGGCUCUAAAAGAUUGCUGUACGAGAUGCGAUGGUUCUCUGGUGGAAGCGUGACUGCCUUCAAUCGAUGGUGCUUUUAGUGUUGUGCCUUAUCAAAUUGGGGUCCUCCUUUAGUGGCAAAUUGCAGAGCGACCUAUUGUUGAAGUGGUUUUAUUUCUUUUGUUGGGAGUGUCCCCCGAUUCAUCACCGAUUUGAGGCGCAUGUGUUGGCAUUGCAGCGGAUCAAGGGUGCAUAUCAUUGAUGUAGAAGCAAGUGGCGCUAGUGUUUCCUUCCUUUCCUUUCACGUGGUUCUGCAUUCAAAUCGAGUUUUAUCUAGUGCGGUGUUUUGCUACAUUGCCGGCGCUAUUUGCAGAGUAGUUGAUCUUUAGCUGAGAGGGGGUUUUGAUCUUCCAAGAAGAUUUUGCGCCCUUCUUGCAAUUCCUUCGACUGAGCUACAACCUGACUCAUAUUCAGGCCUAGCAACGCUUUUGAUGACCUCCUGGUCAACAAUGCUAGAGCCCAGAAACAAUGACUUUACCAAGAACUAGUCUUGAAUCUUGUGCUCCUUCAUCGUCAAUUGAACAACCCUCAAGCUUGGACAAUUAAGAUUUGCAUAAGUUAUUGUUGCAGUAGCAUCCACAGAUUGGUCUGCAACCAUAGGUUUAUCGGGUGAGUAAGACAACAUUGGCAGUGCAGGCUAACUCUCUGGAACUUAUGAUGUUCAUGGUUGAUUCAUCUAGUGGAACCGUGGUAUUGAGGUCACAUUUUCAUCAACACCCGAUUCAUGAGAAUUGUCGGUUCCUCAUGACUAUUGUUGACACAAGGGUUUGCGUAGCUGUAAAGAGUAGGUAAAUAGAGUAGUUGUUUUAACAACAAGACUGAGAGUGGAACUGCAACAAAUUUGAAGAUCAGUUUUGGCGUCAACCUCCUUAUAUGUGGAUACUUGAGCAGGUGCACAGAAGUGAAGGGUUGCUGAUCUGCGAAGCUUGGCUACUGCUAGAAGAGAGGCAAUCAAAAGCAGAUAGGAUUUCCAAUAGAAGCAAUUGUCCAAGGGCGGUCAAGGGCUCUUGUCAACAACCAUCACCUUUACUUCAGAAUUUUCCAGAUCAUAUUGUAUAGAAAACAAUCAUCUUGUAUAUGUUGAAUAAUUCUGGAAUUGAUAAACCAUCUCAAAUUGGAUGAAAAUUUGUUUGGAUA